GCCGCGCUUCUGGGCGUUGCCAAGAUGGACGCUUCGCGGGCCCGGGAGCAGCUCCGGCGGCGGUACCUGUUCCCGCGGGACACCGAGGCCCCGCUGGACAGCGAGGGCUACGCCGGGCCGGAAGUCUCUACCGCUGUUGAAAGAAAGGAGAAACCUCUUCCAAGACUUAACAUCCAUUCUGGAUUCUGGAUUCUGGCAUCCAUUGUUGUGACCUACUAUGUUGAUUUCUUUAAAACCGUUAAAGAAAACUUCCACACCAAUAGCUGGUUCGUGGCUGGCGGCGCCCUCCUGCUGAUCAGCCUGUCGCUUGCGUGUUACUGCAUCCUCUAUCUGGAGUGGUGCCGCGGGAUUGAAGAUUACGACGUCAAGUAUCCAGCCUUGAUACCCGUGACAACUGCCGCUUUUAUUGCGGCCGGCGUCUGCUUCAACGUUGCCCUGUGGCACGUGUGGUCCUUCCUCACCCCGCUGGUGUUGUUCACUCAGUUUAUGGGCGUUGUGAUGCUGAUCUCACUCCUUGGGUGAUGUCCAGAGGUGUAAGAGCGUGUCACUUCGACGCGAACGAUUCAGCACCCAGCCAGCUGGCAGCAUCGCAGGUGUAACAAGUGCUACAACGUGUCCUCGUAUCUAGGAAGUGAGUGGUUUCCUCGGAAAAACUAUAACGUUGCAGUCUGGUUGAAAUCAGAAUAAAUUCGAUUUCGUUUGUCUGUCCUCA